AUGUCGGAGGAGGCUCGACGCGGAGAGGAGGAUGACCGCGGGCCCGGUUCGGUCCAUCAGGUGUUCGUGGUGAUGGAGAACCUCCUGGAGAAGUUAAAGGUUCUGAACUACGAGGAGGUUCUGUCCAAACACAACAUGAAGAACCUCUCCAGACAUUACUUUGUCUCCAGUCCGUUCCUUGUGUCCAAUCCUGGCGAGCAGUUCUACAUGUUCACCAUCAUCGCGGCGUGGCUCAUCAACGCGGCGGGGAGGCCGUUCGCCGAGCCGCAGGAGUACGACGAGCCCAACGCCACCGUGUCCAACAUCCUGGCAGAGCUCAGGGCCAUCGGAGCGAAGGUGGACUUCCCUCCUUCCAAACUGAAGUCGGGUUCAGGCGAACACGUCUGCUUCGUGUUGGACCGUCUGGCUGAAGAAGCUCUGAAGAGGAGAGGUUUCACCUUCAGAAGGCCCAGGUACCCAACAGAAAACACAGAAGAGGAGUCGGUGAUGGAGGACGACGCCGAGCUCACACUCCACAAAGUAGAGCAGGAGAUAAUCGAGGAAGCUGAUGAUGAGGAGGAGACCGUGAUGGACCUGGAGGCGCUGAAGUUACGGACCGCUCACUCCGAACCAGAACCGUCGUCCAAACCCGAAGACAUUCUGGAGUCCAAGGUGGACGCCGCCGAGUGGAACCUGGAGAUGGAGCGGGUUCUGCCUCAGCUCAAAGUCACCAUCCGGACCGACAACAAGGACUGGAGGAUCCACCUGGACCAGAUGCAUCAGCACCGAGACGGGAUCAAGUCAUCGCUCACAGACACCAAGAGCUACCUGGACAAGCUGCAGGACGACGUCGGGAAGACUCUGGAGAAGGUGAGCAGCCGAGAGAAGUACAUCAACAACCAGCUGGAACAUCUGAUCCAGGAGUACCGCAGCGCUCAGGCCAAGCUCAGCGAGGCCAAAGAACGGUACCAGCAGGCGAGCGGAGGAGUGAUGGAGAGAACCAGAGCCCUGGCUGAGGUCAGCGAGGAGCUGGAGAAGGUGAAGCAGGAGAUGGAGGAGAAGGGCAGCAGCAUGUCUGAUGGAGCUCCGGUGGUGAAAGUUAAGCAGAGCCUGACGAAGCUGAAGCAGGAGAUCGUUCAGAUGGACGUGAGGAUUGGCGUGGUCCAGCACACGCUGCUGCAGGCCAAACUCAAAGAGAAGUCCAACAUGACCCGAGAAAUGCACGCCGCCAGCAUCCUGGAGGCCGCCGGCGCCUUCGGCUAGUGUCCACACGCGCUUCUGGACUUUGAACUGGACCUGACUGAGUACAUAACAAAAAGUUUAAACCGUUCU